AUGGCUGGCUCCAUCCUGCCCCGAUGCAUCUCUCUGUGGGACCUGGACACCCUUCGAAAAGACGUGGAUACAAAACCGCAGUCCAAGACGGAAUUUCAGAUCAUUGCAUCAGACACCAUUGAUGCCAAGGCCUCUGCUCUCAACGUCACAGCUUCCCUGAAGGCCAGCUUCUUCUGUGACCUGGUGAAAGUGAACGGAUCGGCUAAAUAUUUAAAUGAUACCAAGACAUCCAGACAUCAGGCCCGUGUCACUCUGCAGUACUCCACCACCACCCAGUUCAAGCAGCUGACGAUGAGCCAUAUUGGUCACCAAAAUGUCUCCUACCCUGAUGUAUUUGACCAAGGCACGGCCACUCACGUGGUCACCGCUGUGCUGUACGGGGCUCAGGCCUUCUUUGUGUUCGACCGGAAAGUGUCUUCAUCUGAGGAUAUGCAAGAGAUACAGGGAGAGCUCCAGGUUAUGAUUAACAAGAUACCAAAGAUCACCUUACAAGGGAAUGUGUCCCUGAAAAUGGAUGAACAAGAGAAACACCAGACUGAAAAAUUCAGCUGUAGGUUUUAUGGUGAUUUUGCUCUUGAGAACAAUCCAGUGACUUACGAGGAUGCCAUGAAAGUUUAUGCCAUGCUCCCCAAGCUGCUGGGGGACAACGGGGAGAAGGCCGUGCCCGUGAGAGUCUGGCUGUACCCGCUGACCAAGCUGGACUCCAAAGCCACUCGCCUGGUCCGUGAGAUCAGUGUUCAAGUGAUCUUUGAUACCCAGGCUGUGCUGGAGCAGCUGGCAGAAGUAGACAUGCGCUGCAAUGACCUGAUGAAGAACCGCAUUGCCACGACCUUCCCUGAGAUCAGGAGGAAACUGCAGCAAUUCCAAGCCCUGUGCAAGCAGCACAGACAAAUCUUCCAGAAAGAGCUGGCAAGACUCUUACCCUCCAUCCGUGGGGGUGGGAGGGAAGAAGGGGCCUUGGUGGACAUUUUAACUUGCAAGAACCAGUCCCCAUUCAAUACACAGGAACUCAACGAAUUCUUGGAGAAUAAGGAACAAGAAAUAAAUUUUGUGAGCUCCUACCUGUCUGCCCUGAAGGACGUGGAAGUCAUGUCCUCCAAGAGCAAAGUGGAUGAAAUAGUUCUUGACCCCACGAAUGAAUUUGUCGUCUGCUUUACAUUCACCUCGUUACAGGACGAGGAGCCCUAUUUAUCAGAUUUAAAGCUCUGGCUUCAGACCCACUAUAUGAAGAAUACUCAUGAUCCAGCCCCAGCCAGUCGUGUCAGUGAGAACCCCAAACCCAAACUGUGGUUUGAAGACAAAGAAAGACAUAAAAAUGCCCGCAGAUCUGCAAAAUCCCUGUCAGAAUUUGCCCGUGUCAACAGAUCCUGUGGGAAAACUCGGUUCCUUGUGGCGUCUGUCCCAGAUGAGGACAACCCAGGAGCUUCCGUUUACCUGUAUGAGGAUGGGGAGCUGGUCAACACCAACUUUGAGCCUCCAGCAAAGCCUCUUCCUCCCUUGGUUGCUGGAAUCAGCCAUGACCAUGUGCAGCUCACACUGAAGCCAGCAGCCCGGGGAGAGGCUGCGAUCACCGGCUAUCGGGUGGAGUACAGAGGAGUGGGGCAGGAGGACUGGACAGCUGUGAGUGUGAAUAGCAAGCAGGAAUCAUUCCCAGUAGCAGGGCUACGGGCAAACACCGAGUACCAGUUCCGAUACGCUGCAGUGAGCAAACCAGGGCUCAGUGUGAGCAGUGACAGGAGUGAGACUGUGAAGACAUCCUGCCCCACCAGCCCCCCGGGGAAGCCUGUAACAUUGAAAGUGGAACCAUGUGCUGUCACACUGUCCUGGCAGGCCCCAGCUGUCACUGGAGCGGCAGUCACUAUCAGGGAGUACAGGUUGGAGUAUAAAGAAGACACAGGAGAUACAAGCCCUGAAGGAAAAGGCAAAUGGCAGGAGCAAAGGACCAAGAAGAAAGCAGAGUCCUGCACCAUUGAGGGGCUGAAGCCUGGGACGUCCUACGUGCUCCGCGUGUCAGCGGUGUGCGCGGAUGGUGCUGUGAGUGACCCCAGCGAGGCGGUGUCCGUUUCAACGCUGGGAGCAGAAUCAAGGUCGUUAGCUCACGAGUACUUGAAGAAGAGCGCUCUGCUAGGGGACCAGGAGCCCUCCGUGUACGCACUGCCCCUGGAGGAGGCAGCGUGUGGUUCUAGCUCGUCUUGUUUGAAGUACAGGCUGGGAGCAGACAGCUCUCCCGCCCACAGAAAGGUCAUUAUGGUGAUGGGAGCAACCGGGUCUGGGAAGACUACUCUCAUCAAUGGGAUGAUCAACUACAUCCUGGGAGUGCAAUGGGAGGAUGGUUUCAGGUUCAAACUGAUCCAUGAAAAGACCAACGGAAGCGAAGCUGAGAGCCAGACGUCUGAAGUGACCGCCUACGAGGUCAACUAUGAAGAGGGUUUCCAAGUCCCCUAUAGCCUGACUAUCAUAGACACCCCAGGGUUUGGUGAUACCGGAGGGAUAGAUGGUGACAGAAAGAUAACAGAGCAGAUCCAAACAUUUUUCUCUACCCCGGGGGGCAUUGAUCAGUUAGAUGCUGUGUGUGUUGUAGUCCAGGCCUCGCUAGCUCGUCUGACCCCUACCCAGAAAUACGUGUUUGAUUCGGUGCUCUCCAUCUUUGGGAAGGACAUAAAGAUCAACAUACAGAUUCUGGUCACCUUUGCAGAUGGACAGACACCCCCGGUUCUAGCGGCCAUUAAAGCUGCUGAGGUGCCUUGUGCUAAAGGUGCUCAGGGCAACCCUGUGCAUUUUACAUUCAAUAACUCAGCCCUCUUUGCCAGCAAUGUUGGAGCUGCUGAGGGCAGUGGGGAUUUUGAUGCGAUGUUCUGGAAAAUGGGAUGUCAGAGCAUGAAGACGUUCUUCUCAUCUCUAGAUAAAUUAGAAAGUAGAAGUCUAACUCUGACGAAGGAAGUGCUCACAGAACGGAAGGAGCUGGAGGCGGCUGUGCAAGGGCUGCAGCCCCAGAUCAGGGCUGGACUGGUGAGGCUGGAAGAACUGAGAAAAACACAGCAGGCUCUGGAGCAGCACAGGGGUGAAAUGGAGGCCAAUAAAGACUUUGAAUAUGAGGUAGAAGUGACGGUGCCUGUGAAGGAGGACAUCUCUCACACAGGGAACUACGCAACAAAUUGCCAGAAGUGUAACUACACAUGCCACUAUCCUUGUCUAGUUCCUUUUUCUUUGUUAACUCGAUUAUGUGAAGUUAUAGGUUUAUUUUCAGGAAACUGCAGAGUCUGCCCUGGGAAGUGUGUCUCGGGUGUUCAUUACAGUGAAAAGUACAGGUGGAAGUAUGUGACAAGAAAAGAGACACGGACCUAUGCACAACUGAAACAGAAGUACGAGAAGGCAUCUGGGGAGGUGUUAUCAAUAGGAAAUAUGAUUGAGAAGCUGGAAGAAGAAUAUGAUCAAGUGAAACAGGUGCUGCUAGAGCUUAUUGAGAGAUCAUCUCGCAGCCUCCAGCGCCUGCAAGAGAUUGUUUUAAAGCCCGACCCCACGUCCACUGCAGAGUACAUCGACCUGCUGAUCAGGUCUGAAGAACGGGAACUGAAGCCUGGGUAUCAGGAGCGGAUAGCCUCCUUGAUGAAACUGAGGGAGGAAGCUGAGAGAACAAGGAAGAUUGCCAACAAGGAGCCCCUGCUGCCAGAGGAGGAGGACAUGCACAAGAAGCUAGAAGAAAAGCAGUCUGCACUCCAAUUAGCCAAGAAAGAAAAAAAGAUGAUCAAAAGCUGGUUUGUUUAAAAACUGACCAUGGGUUCUUCUGUAAACGGAAACAGCCAUUUAACCAAAGAUUCACUUUGACACUGAAGCCAGAUCUGUGGGAUUUUUUAUUGGUUAAUUUUAUAAAUGUAUCUUGUAAGAUUCAAUGAGCUGGAUUCCCUAUAUGAUCAUCCAACACAGAAAAAUCUAGAGAUAGUGAAUGGCAGAUUCAACAUGUUUGCUCAUGCUGGCAGCUGGGAGUGCAGCUAUCACCUUAUGGGGUCUUACGGGGCCUGGUUAUUGCACAUGCUCAUCACUUGCACUGGGAUUAAUGCACUUGGAUCUGGCUGUCACGGGCCUGGCAUCUGAAGGGUCAGGGCUCUGAAGAGGAAAUUCUCCCGUGUCUCCGCUGGCCUAGCAUUAGUGCAGCCUAAGCAAUAACCUGCACAUCUGUUCAUGAGUAUCUGCUUCUAAUAAAUGCUCAUAGAGGGGAUCUUUAUUCAAUGACUGAUGUAACCACAGAAAGUGGGAUGUAUUGUAAUUUCUAUGUGUUCACCUAUUCUGAUUUUAGUUUACUUAAACCAUGUAACAGUAGUUCUACAGUGUACUAAAACAGGCAUGAAGCACCUGUAAGAACAGGUAAGAAGCACCUGUGCAGAUUCUAGUAGGCGCUCAGCUGCUUAAUGGCAAUGGUUCAUAUAGCGUUUCUUUGCAUUCACUUAACCAAAGUUUGGGGAAGAGAAGGAGAAUCAACGGAAAUGAUUUGGCCAGAGGACAUUGCAGGUGAUGCACUCGGCCUCCUGGAUGGUGCUGGAUGGGCCCCUCCUGCUCUUUGCAGAAGCUGGCUGCAGGGAAGGAGAUGUAGUAGAGGGGACCUGGAGAGUGCUGUGUGAUGCCUGCAGCCUGCUGGGGCCCCUGGAGCCCGCUGAUGGGAAGCCCCAGGGAGUGGAGACGAGAGAGUUGGGCAUGCGCGGCCAGAAGCUGACAAGACUGGAGCCGUGGGGCAGGGGCACCGCCUGAGGGCAGCGGAGAAGCUGGGACGUCCCUGCAGAGACAGCGAGGAUUGCUGCCCAUCCCUGCAACACCUGGGGGCUGAGAAGUAAGCCCUGGGAAGGGGAGAGGGAAGUGUUAGCAGUUAGGAUGUUUUAAAACUUUAUUUUAUGUCCUGUCUUCCCCAGGUAGGUCCUAGUAUUUUUCUCUCUCAUGGCCUGGGCUGACUCAGGGUCCCAUCACAGAACCAUUUUAGAAAAUCCAGAGAUGACCAGUGGAAGAAAAAACUAAGUUAAAGGUCUUCCUAAAGGUCCCUUAAAGUGCAUGUAGUGGAUAGGCAAGGCUAAUGUUAGACAAGAUGCAUCUUAGAUUUAGAAUAAGAAUAGGCAUGUGAAUAUUAAUUAGCUUUCAAAUAUCAGAAAGAGUAUUCACACAUUAGAUACAUGUGCAGUUUAUAAAUGUUUAAUGAUUUGCUUGAUAUGCCUUACCUGUACUGUUCAGCCAUUUCUAGCAUGUCUGUCUCAUUAUUAGAGUUGCUAUUAAAAUACACCUACAUUCAA